AGACGAUGUAGGAAUUCCCUUUUAUAAGAGUUGAAUGGCAAUUCUUAUUAUUAUUAUUAUUAUUAUUAUUAUAGAAAGUGUAAAUAGGAUUUUAUUGUUAAACUAUUUCUUUCCUUUCUCUUUGUUCUUUCAAAGCUUUUUAGUUGAAGCUAUCUAUCAUCCUGAACAUUUGUGGAAAGAUAAAUUGAAUAUAGAGAGUCUACACUUCCCAAAAUAUUUUAGCUUUCUAUAUCUUUUCACUAUUUUAUUAUCGGUGAUAGAAUCAACUGUUCACUAUAUUAUAGCCAUCUGGAGCUAGGAAGGAAUCAUAUUGUACAAGUUGAAAAAUGUCUCGAUACUGUACCCUAAAAGAUU